GGCGAGGCUGGAAAUUCUAUUCCGAAUCUGGCAACCCACUAACCCUGCCUGAAAAACAAACAUGGCGUGGAGAGGAAUUAUAGUAAGAAAACUGACCAAAACUGAGUUUGUGAGGUCGGGAAACACAACGUGGUCUCGCUAUAGACUUAACCCUUACCAGCAGCAAAUCAGAUGUUUCCGUCGAGAAGCAAAAAGGUCAGAAACCAAGAAAAGCAUUAAUGAACAGGAAAUAAAAGUGCCACCAAGUGCAAACAAGACAGCCAUACCUCCUCCCAAAAUCCCUCGUCCAUCACUGCUCAAACCUCUUCUUUUCACGUUAGGGUUUACAGGAUGCUCCUUUGCUGCUGCAGCCAUCCUACAGUAUGAAAACCUGAGGUCAAAGGUCAAGGCGGCACAAGAAGAUUCAGAUGAACUCUCAAAGGGCUCACAUGAUAUAACGUACUGGCAUAAUUGGUGGAAUCAAUUGACAGCUUUUCAGAAGCAGCUUAUUCUACUGAUGUCGAUGGUGGACGACUUCUGGGGUAGCUUAACAGAGGGUCAAAGGACUGUAACUGGCAUUAUUGCACUAAACGUUGUUGUUGUGUGCUGCUGGAGGCUUCCUUCUAUGCAGAGAAACAUGAUUAAGUACUUUACCUCAAACCCAGUUUCUAAAACACAGUGCCUUCCAAUGAUCUUGUCUACAUUUAGUCAUUUUUCCAUUAUCCACAUGAUGGCCAACAUGUAUGUUCUGUGGAAUUUUUCUUCGGGACUAGUCUCUCUCCUCGGAAAGGAGCAGUUCAUAGCCUUUUACCUUUCUGCAGGUGUUAUCUCAAGUAUGGUUAGCUACAUGUGCAAAACUGCCACAGGACGUUUCCAUCCAUCACUAGGCGCAUCUGGCGCUGUUAUGGCAGUGCUGGCAGCAGUCUGUACAAAGGUGCCAGAAGCCAAACUAGGCAUCAUAUUCCUUCCCAUGGUCACUGUCAGUGCAGGACAUGUGCUGAAAGCACUUGUUGCUUUUGAUACAGCUGGCCUGUUUCUGGGUUGGCGGUUCUUUGACCAUGCUGCUCACCUCGGAGGAGCCCUUUUUGGAGUGUGGUAUAUAGCAGAUGGUCACCGACUUAUCUGGAGGAGAAGGGAGCCCUUUGUGAAGCUCUGGCACAGCUUGCGUUCUAAAGUCACUGAUGAGGCCAGGCCUGCAACUCGUCCCGGGGCAGACAGGGGUGAACGUUAAGAGACGAGACGGGCCCACACUUGGAUGGAUGUAGAGACACUAUUUUAAUUGUUAAUGUUCUAAGUUAAUAAAUGCCAUACCAGCACC